UCUAACAAACACAGAAGGAAAAAUACUUACAUUGAUUGGUUUUGAUCUCACCAAACCAUAUCUUCUCUUUUCUCCACCUAAAAUCUCUCCCCAUAUCAAUUCCAAAAAAGAAACGAAAGCAAACAAAUAGAGAAUAAGAAGAAACACCUCUUAAUUCUUAUCAAAUCCCUAAGAAAAUCUCUCCAUUUUCAUUCACUCAACCAUGUCUACCUUAUCUCUGCUAUCCCACACAUCCUCUCUGAAAUCCUCCUCUAAUUCCAUCUACAACAAUGGAAUCAGUAGACUUCUCCUACACACUCCAUCAACCCUUAAACUACACCAGUCCCAUUCAUCAAUGUCAAUCAAAGCUUUUUCAUCACCAUCUCCAACUCCAAUGCCUACUCAAGAUGACUUGAAAAAACUAGCAGCAGAUAAAGCUGUUGAAUAUGUUAGUAGUGGUAUGGUUUUAGGUCUUGGUACUGGAUCUACAGCUGCUUUUGUUGUAGCCAAAAUUGGUGAAUUACUAAAAUCUGGUGAGCUUAAAGACAUAGUUGGUAUUCCUACAUCAACAAGAACCUAUGAACAGGCGAAAUCUCUAGGUAUUCCGUUAUCAGUUCUUGAUGAUCAUCCAGUUCUUGAUUUGUCUAUUGACGGUGCUGAUGAAGUUGACCCAGAUUUGAAUCUAGUGAAAGGCCGAGGCGGCGCGUUAUUAAGAGAGAAAAUGGUUGAAGCAGCGUCAAAGAAAUUUGUUGUUGUGGUUGAUGAUACUAAAUUAGUUGAUGGUCUUGGUGGUAGUGGAUUAGCAAUGCCUGUUGAAGUUGUACAGUUUUGUUGGAAGUAUAAUUUGAUUAGGUUACAAGAAUUGUUUAAAGAAGAAGGUUGUGAAGCAAAAUUGAGAAUUGAUGCUGAUGGGAAACCUUAUGUUACUGACAAUUCUAAUUAUAUUGUUGAUUUGUAUUUUAAGACACCAAUUAGAGAUGGAUUAGCAGCUGGUAAAGAGAUUUCGUCGUUCCAAGGUGUCGUCGAACAUGGAUUGUUUCUUGAUAUGGCCACUGCUGUUAUUAUUGCUGGUAAAGAAGGUGUCAGUGUGAAAAGCAAGUGAGAAUGUGAGUGAAUUUACUCCGUCUUUUGUUACAUAAAGUCGUAUGAUAGUUUCUUGUCUGUUCUAAGUUUUUAUUUUUUCAGUUUGAUAACUUGGAAAAAUAAUCUGAAAAAUAAUUGUUGUACGUGUAUUCCAUUUUGGUUUAUUGGAAAUGUAACUGAGAAAAUAAUGGAAAGGGAGUUCUGGAAUGGAGUUCUGUUAAAAUUCAUUUAGAAUUUUAUGGAUCAA